AUGGAAGGCUCCGGGAGCGUGCAGACGCUCAUCGAUCGCUUUGAGCGAUUGGCACGAGCCAAUGCCGCAGCGCCAGGUCCACCCUCUCGGACUCUAUUGACGUGGAAGAAGACGGUAAUGCCUGCGUUGCGCGACUCGCCCGUGAAGAGAAUCAUCGGUCGCAUGAACCGACAGCGAUCGUCGGCUCUGUCCACACCCGUGCACACAGUCGCGGAGAAGGAGGAGGAGACGGCAGCGCCUGACAAAGAGCCACUGGAUGGUGAAGAGACCGCUGAGCAUGCAGAGGAUCGAAUGGAUGAGGAGGGAACUGCUGAGUUGGUCAGAAAGCCGCUGCAAGAGGAGGAACGCGCAAGAGCCGAUCUGUGCAAGUCGGUUGGCUGCAAGGAUCUUACUGUUGAAGAGCUUGACGUGGAUGACACUACGCCUUGCAGCCCCUACGAUACCAUCAAGACCUCUCUCUUCGCAAUGGCGCCACGCAGCCCGUCGGCUUCCUCUACCGCCUCUACAGGCUCUCUGGACUCGCUUUUCAAUUCACCCGACCAACUGCAGUCGGCAGGCGAGACCAGUGCCGAAGGCUGUAAACCCGUCAGGCCCGCUGCAGUCGACUGCUCGAGAUGCUCUUUUCGUUACGACAAUCGACAACCAACGACAACGUCCAAGUUGGUCCCGCCAACCAUAUACCGGCGUUGUAUGCUCACUAGGAAGCCAUCAUGCACGACGACUAUAGUCCCUGCCCACAAGACACCGCGGCAAUCCUCGCAAUCAGCACAGGAAGUCGUCGCGUCAUCGUCAUCCAUCAGGACUCGCAUUGCGCCGUCAUCGAUUCCUCGGUACAUGGACUACGACAGUGCGCCGCGCUUUGCCGCUACCAAGGCCUGGAACAUGGAGCGCCGUCGUCAGCUAGAAGAGCGCAACCGCACUCAAGCUGCGAAGAAGGUCAGGCUACCAGCAGGCAGCAAACCACCACCUUCGACACUGCACGUGAACGGUCCACGGAUGACUGACGCCGGCUCGAUGACGGCUGUACGCCACAGUGGCACAAGUGUCCGAACUGCGCUCAGUCGGAGCGGAUCGAUGCCCGGCAGACCAAACAGCGCGCAGCCACUUGGGCAACUACGGCGCUGCAAAAGCAUUCAAUGCCCAUACUCAUCCGUGUUGUAG